AUGUUUUACAAAAUAUUUUCAAAGACAAAAUAUUUUCCAAAACAUUCAGUUCAAAGUUUGAUCCAACGGGCUAUAUUCAUAAAUGGCUCUCCCUUCACCAGCUGGUCGUUCAACACUUUCAAUGAACACAUCCACCAAUCAUACUUGCAACAACUCUCAAAAAAACUGAACUGCUCUUCAGUGCAUCCUACACACAAUAGCAGCAACAAAUACAACAACAACAACAGCAGCAACAACAUCAACAACAACACCAUCAAAAAAAAUGUUCAAGCAUUGAAGGAAACAAUUUUAACCUCAAAAAACAAAAGCCAUUUAAUUAAUAAUCGACAAUCGACGGAGAAGGUUGACUAUCAGCAGAAGCAGCAACCGCCGAAACUUUCUUUCAACGUUAACGAGUGCAUAAACGAGGCAUCCGUGCAAGAUAUUUUGAAAGCCUCCCAGAGUUUGCCGCUCAAUAAAUUGAAAUUUAAAUCUGUUUUAAGCCCACUACUCAACGUGCUACCGACUUGGCUGACUUCAAACAGCAGCAGCGUCCGAGAUGCACCGUUCAAAAAUAAGGAGAAAAUGUUUCGCGCAAGAGAAUCUGAAGCGGCAAACAUCGUAAAAAGCAGACCAUCCAUCGGCAACAUCAAUCACUCCAACAACGCCAACAAAAACAAACAUAGCGAACAGGAGAACGAUAAUGAUGCAACAAAAGGCCACAAAGCAAUGAACGCUGCUGCAAAUGAAAUUAAGAAAGGUAAUUAUUUGCCGAAUCCAUUGAUGGAUGGCCGAACGACAGACAAUUCAAUUAGCCAGCCACCUAACGACUUUUUAAAUAUAGACCGGAUCGGCAACAUUGACAUAAUUGUGAUGGUGACGAAGGCGGGCAGCAGCGGUUGGUUCAACGAGAGGGAGCUGGAGCAGGGCGUCAAAGAAUCGAAGAUGGCCGUCAUCAUGCGCGCCUUCGUGCAGAACGUCUUCCUCUACCACAAGCAGAAGGUCGGCCUCACAAUAACCACAGCAAUCGCAACAAUGACAUCAUCACUUGAUAAAAUCUUGCUACUGGCUUCAUUCACGUCAGACACGAUAUUUCUACUUAUGACGACAAAGCGACAGCAUCAUUUGCAAAGCGCCACCAAGAAAACCAGUGUCCGAGUCGAUUGGAGUCGGAGAUUUUGGCCGGACUCUGAGUAUGAAUUUUUUAAGAGGCCGGAGUUGAAGUCGGAUUUCUUUAGGGAACAGAGACGGAUUCCGAAAAAUUUUUUCAUUUUAAAAAAAUUUUAUUUUUUUAUGAAAACUUUUCAUAAGAUUGUGUUAUUUGGAAGAUGA